AUCGAUAAGGAAGGUCGCGGUGCGUGAGAGGAUGGUGUUAAUGGCAUGGGUGGUAGCCGGGAUGGUGUUGACAUGCAGCUACUGCAGUAACCUCAUGUCUCAGAUGACAGUGCGUCAUGUUCCCCAGCCCAUACAGUCCAUCAGGGACCUCCUCGACCACCACUCUUAUACAGUCAUUAUGGAACCCAACACUGUCGUUACUGAUACUCUGGCUAACAGCAGGUCCGGGGAGCUGUGGGAGCUGUACCGCCUGCAGGAGGUGGGACGUCUGAGGUACCACCACGCUGCUAGCUUCCUGCACCUCCUUCACACCCUGGUGAGGGACGGCGACCACGUCCUCAUUACUAACACUGUCGGAGCCAACCUUCUGGUAGCCAAGCUCUUCUCUCAGACAGGAAGUUGUGACUUCUACAAGGCAGGUCAGACCCUCGUUACCUCCACAUACUGCAUGAUCGCCAGCAAGGGAAGCCCACUCAUCCCUCUCAUGAACAUCAGGUGAGCGGGAUACAGAUGCAUCCACGCUCAUCAUCACCCACUGCAUGA